AUGACCAAGACACCUCUCUGGUCAAUAACCAAUAGUGGAACCUGGAUGCCCAUAUUGGCUCCUACAUAUUCUACGAAGAUCUUUAUCAAUCGAACCGUCAUGACAACAUACGUAAUUCCCUUUGUCCAUUGGGCAUAUUUCCUUCAAGUUUCUCCGGUGGAAUCGCUCCGCCGGAGAGCAAAAGUGCUCCUGCCCCGGUUCCGCCUCGAGACAGCGGCGGUUGUUCCCAAAAAUCUUCUCUUCAUUUUUCUAGGUGGUGAUCGGGGUUGGAGACCACCACAACCUGGAUGGGUCAAGAUUAAUACGGACAACACUAUUGACACUCAAGCUCAGCUGGGAGGCACGAGAGGGUUUGCACGUUCACACCUCUCCUUUAUGGGUGCUUGGAGCAAGCCCAUGCCUGGUGUUACUGAUCCUUUCAUCGCCAAGUUUUUAGCAUUGCGAGAAGGUGUUAUCUUUGCCCAACUGAAGAGCUACUCGCAUGUGGUUAUGGAGGUUGAUUGCUCGAAGGUUGCGAGGUUUUGGAAUUCGCAUCACAUCCUCAAGUCAAUUGUGAUACCUAUCUUCGAUGAAAUCAAGGAAAGAGCCUCAAACUUUGCUUCGUUUUCGGUUCAGCAUGUCACAAAGGAAGUCAAUUGCACAAAAAACAAGUCUUGGGACUCCACCGUCUCCCCCUCUGCCCUCUCCUACCCCCAUGUGAGGUGCAGAGGAAGAGGGGCGAUUUUGACACUGUUCUUGGGUGGAGGGGGUGCAGGACUGAGAAGGGCGAUGGGGGCAGGGGAGGAGGAUGCGGCGGCGGCAUGGGAGAAGGUGGAGGCCAAGGAGGAGAGGAUCAUGGUGUCCGUGCGGGUGCGGCCGCUCAACGGCAGGGAGUCCGGCGACAGCUCCGACUGGGAGUGCAUCAGCCCCACCACCGUCAUGUUCCGCAGUACCGUCCCUGACCGCGCCAUGUUCCCCACCGCCUACACCUACGACAGGGUGUUUGGCCCCAAUUGCUCGACCAGGCAGGUCUACGAAGAAGGAGCAAAAGAAGUUGCUCUAUCAGUUGUCAGUGGAAUCAACUCAAGCAUAUUUGCGUAUGGGCAGACAAGCAGCGGAAAGACUUACACAAUGACUGGCAUUACUGAGUACAGUGUGAUGGACAUCUAUGACUACAUAGAGAAGCACCCUGAAAGAGAAUUCAUGCUGAAAUUCUCAGCAAUUGAGAUAUAUAAUGAAGCUGUAAGAGAUCUUCUGAGCCAUGAUACCACACCUCUUAGACUGCUUGAUGACCCAGAGAAAGGGACUACUGUUGAAAAGCUCACUGAGGAAACACUGAGGGACAAGGACCAUCUUAGGGAUCUUCUUGGAAUGUGUGAAGCUCAAAGAGAGAUUGGAGAAACGGCUUUGAACGAAGCGAGCUCUAGGUCCCAUCAAAUACUCAGGCUGACAAUCGAAAGUUCUGUUAAACAGUAUUUAGGAAGAGGCAAAUCGAGCACCCUGAACUUUGUUGACUUAGCUGGAAGUGAGCGAGCAUCUCAGACUGCUUCAGCUGGUAUGAGGUUAAAAGAAGGUAGUCAUAUUAAUCGAAGUCUGCUAACACUGGGAAAGGUUGUUCGCCAACUGAGCAAGGGAAGAAACGGCCAUAUCCCAUACAGAGAUUCAAAGCUGACACGCAUAUUACAGUCCUCUUUGGGAGGCAAUGCAAGAACAGCCAUUGUCUGCACCAUGAGCCCAGCACGCACUCAUAUUGAGCAAUCCAGGAACACACUUCUGUUUGCAACUUGCGCAAAGGAGGUAGUUACAAAUGCACAGGUCAAUGUAGUGAUGUCUGACAAAGCACUACUGAAGCAUCUACAAAGAGAGCUUGCAAGAUUAGAGAAUGAACUGAAAUUGCCGGAGUCAGCCUCCUGCACUAGUCAUGCUGAAGUUUUAAGAGAGAAGGAUGCACAGAUCAAAAAGGAUGUCCAUAGUCGGUCCUCAGAGUCUCUUGCGCGAAAUGCAUCCGAGGAAGCACUUUCGGUUUCAGACACUUAUGGAGGUUCUUAUCAAGAUCAAGGUCACGCAGUGUUUGAUGAAUCAUAUGUCUUCAGUGCUGAUCAUGAUGACUUGUCAGUUCCCAAUCAAACAAUGGAUCUUCCUCAACAAACAAGGGUUCGGAAGCCAAUUUCACCUUGGCACCCUCCUAGUAACUAUAGCUCUGAUGGCACAGAGUCAUAUAACAUGAAGGAAGUAGCUUUCAGAAGUGCAUCUGAAGUAUCUGAAGAACAUUGUAGGGAAGUACAAUGUAUAGAGAUACAUGAGCAUAGAAGAAGCACAAGCGAGGAAUUUAAUGUAUUACUCCAUGAGGGCACUAAGCUCCACAUACCUGAAGUAGAGGACAUCUCUAGAGACGCAGUCCCGCAACCUGAUGAAGUACCAGAAGCCGUGAGCAUAACAGAGAAAAUGGAAGAUCAUAUCAAGAUAUACCCUACCAAAGAGGAGCGGCAGGCCGAGAUCAUAGCAAAUGCAGUAGAAGGUCCUAUUGAAGUGCAUCAAUGUGAAUCUGAUGACUUUGCAGACAACUUUGUCAAACUGUACCCAUGUGAUUCUAACAUUUCCUUGGACGUUGGCAAACCUUAUCCUCAUGAAUGCCUGACUGUAAAGAGGUGUAUAACGAGCUCCAAGGAUAGUGCAUUGGCUAGAAGUCAGAGUUGCAGGGCUAGCUUCAUGAUCAUUCCAAAUAGUUGGUUUGAUGAUUCGGAAAACACCGGGCAGACACCACCUGGUGAAAUCUUCAGGUAUCCUCCCAGAAGGCCUGAUAAAGUUAGGAGAAGUCUGUACCAAGGAAAUGAUGGUUGCCAAAACAAUAACACUUCAGUAGACCUCUCCGCUGAUUCUGGCGAAGUAGUUUGUGAUGAAGUAGUCAAGGACAUGAGCACCAGUGAUGAGGUAGUCAAGGACAUGAGCACCAGUGAUGAAGUGGUCAAGGACAUGAGCACCAGUGGUGAAGUAGCCAGGGAGUGGAGUGCCAAUGAAGCAGAACAAGAAGUUUGUGCCGGUGACAUCAGUUGUGUCACAGACCUGGAACAGAAGGCAGCAAAACACCAUGAGGACCAACCUGAGGAACAUCAGGCAGAGCAGCAGAUUGUUCGAGAUGAGUGUGCAGCAGUUAAAACUGUCAAAGAUGUUGGCAUAGAUGCAGUCCCGAGUACCGCCGAGUCUCCUUCGCGCUGGCCUAUUGAUUUUGCAAAUAGGCAGCGAGAGAUCAUUGAGUUGUGGCACGAUUGCAACGUGUCCCUGGUACACAGAACCUACUUCUUCCUCCUCUUCAAGGGAGAUGUCGCAGAUAGCGUCUACAUGGAAGUGGAGCACAGGAGACUGUCCUUCAUCCUGAGCUCCUUCAGCACCAGCUCCGCAGGAGGCGAGCUUAACUCCGCAAUGGCAUCCGGCUUGAAGAAUAUGAAACGCGAGAGGGACAUGCUCUACAAGCAGAUGCUGAAGAAGCUCACCAACGGGGACAAGGAGGGCAUCUACACCAGAUGGGGGAUCGAUCUGGGCUCCAAACAGCGGCGGCUUCAGCUAUCUCGCCUGGUAUGGACGCGGGCUGACAUGGAGCAUGUCCGAGAGAGCGCCUCGCUGGUGGCGAGGCUGAUCGACUUGGUUGAGCCAGGGCAGGCUCUCAAGGAGAUGUUCGGCCUCAACUUCACGCUGGCUCCCAGAACCGAACGCCGGUCUUUCAGCCUGCUGGGCGCUUGA